GAGGGGCGGUGUGGCUAUCACGGGAUCUCGCUUAGCCCUGAAGUGUCACGUGGACUGUGGCUCGCUAAGAUCCCGGCGAAAACCACCACACGGCUGCCCAAAUUGAUUGUGCGCCUGACUCUAUCGAAGCGACGACAACCACGACAAACGGGAACGACUUCUGAUCUUGCGGGUCAUUCCUUCGACUUUCUUUCCUUGCCCGCUCCCCACAGAAAAGCCGACAAAAUGCCUUCGGAACAAGGACACCGCCGUGAGGGACGUCACCUGAGCUUCCAGCGCUCCAAGCACGCCCUCACUCCCAACACCAGCUUGGUCAAGAUCGAGGGUGUUGAUGACACCAAGUCUGCCAAGUUCUACCUCGGCAAGAAGGUCGCUUUCGUUUACCGUGCUAAGCGUGAGGUCCGCGGCUCCAACAUUCGGGUGAUCUGGGGCAAGGUCACUCGGCCACACGGCAACUCCGGUGUUGUGCGCGCCAAGUUCCGCAACAACCUCCCCCCAAGUCCCUCGGCGCUACCGUCCGCGUUAUGCUCUACCCCUCCAACAUCUAAACGGAUUCUCUGUGUUGUUUUCAGUGGGCGAUUCCCUUCUUCGCACAGACGGUCGGUCAGGCAAGGAAAAGUCGACGGAACGAGCCGAUGUUGAUUUGAGGUGAUGGAGUUGGCGGGUUGAUAACGUUUUAUUCGUGGGAGAAGGCAGGGCCAACAAAGCCCUACGAAUCAAAAAAAAUUUACACUUUCAUAGCUGUGUCGGUCCCAAGAUACUGGGAACGAGCUUCGUCUCGAUAUUUCUCCUUGUUCUUACAAUUGGCGAGCAUGAUGUGUCUGGUCGCGCAGCGUCACUUCUCCCAUUGUGUAUCUGACGCUUAAACGCACCAAAUUCCAUACCAUUUCAAAUUUCAACAGACCGGUCAAUCGAUCCGCUUCUUCGUGCGUCUGUCUUCCGUCUUUUGUUUAAGAAGAAAUUGCAUUUCUUUGCUCUGGCUCCAAUAUACCAUGGCAUGCAUGUUUUGCGAACAUAAAUUAUACUCCCAUGGCAACAGCAAGAUAAACAGACCUCGGCCGUAAUACAUUAAAAUUAACUAUAGCUCUAGCACCCAUAGACCCUGUGCGGCCUUAUUCGGCCUGGUUCCCCAGGUUGUGGUGUGGAUCCGCCUCCCCAUAUC